UGGUCUUGAAACUCUGCCUUCAGCUGCCGAUGAGCAAGGGGAGGCUGAGGGGAGAAGGAACCCGUGGUUGCCCUCUCUUUCCUUUUCCUUCCGCGGCACCAUUUCAGUGGAGUGAUCAGCCAGCACAGGGACCUGACGCAAGUAAGAAGGUCAACUUUGACCAUUUCCAGAUUCUGCGGGCGAUUGGUAAAGGGAGUUUUGGAAAGGUAUGCAUCGUGCAGAAGCGGGACACGAAGAAAAUGUACGCGAUGAAGUACAUGAGCAAGCAGAAGUGCAUCGAGAGGGACGAGGUCCGCAACGUCUUCCGAGAGCUCCAGAUCAUGCAGGGGCUGGAGCACCCUUUUCUGGUCAAUCUGUGGUACUCCUUCCAGGACGAGGAGGACAUGUUCAUGGUGGUGGACCUGCUGCUGGGCGGGGACCUGCGCUACCACCUGCAGCAGAACGUGCAUUUCACGGAGGCGGCUGUGAAGCUGUACAUCUGCGAGCUGGCCCUGGCCCUGGAGUACCUGCAGAGGUACCACAUCAUCCACAGAGACAUCAAGCCAGACAACAUAUUGCUGGAUGAACACGGACAUGUUCACAUCACAGAUUUCAACAUAGCAACAAUCGUGAAAGGAACAGAAAAGGCUUCCUCCAUGGCUGGGACCAAGCCCUACAUGGCCCCAGAAGUGUUCCAGGGGUAUGUGGAUGGAGGCCCUGGGUAUUCGUACCCCGUUGACUGGUGGUCCUUGGGCGUCACGGCCUACGAGCUGCUGCGGGGCUGGAGGCCCUAUGAGAUCCACUCAGCCACGCCCGUCGAGGAGAUCCUCAGCAUGUUCAGGGCGGAGCGCGUCCACUACUCCUCCACGUGGGGCAAGGGUAUGGUGGCCCUGCUGAAGAAGCUCCUGACCAAGGACCCCGAGAGCCGCCUGUCCAGCCUCGGUGACGUUCAGAGCGCCCCCUACUUGGCCGACAUGAACUGGGAUGCAGUGUCUGAGAAGGCACUGAUGCCCGGCUUUGUUCCCAAUAAAGGGAGAUUGAAUUGUGAUCCUACAUUUGAACUUGAAGAGAUGAUUCUCGAAUCCAAGCCACUUCACAAAAAGAAGAAGAGGUUGGCCAAGAACAGGUCCAAAGAUGGCCCAAAGGACAGCUGUCCCCUGAACGGACACCUCCAGCAGUGCUUGGAGACCGUGCGCAAGGAGUUCAUCAUAUUCAACAGAGAGAACUGAUGACAGCUGCACAGGGGACGCGUGUCACAGAAAAGCACAGCCCAGGCAGUGGCCCCACAGCAGGUGCCAGCUCAGCCUGGUGUCAGGGAGGCUUCCUGAGGCUCCCCGCCCAGCUGAGCCCUGCAGAAUGAGGAAGAGAAAGGAGCGGAGCUCCAGGAGCGAGGACAAUGCACAAAGCAGCAAGACGGCAUGGCAGGCGUAGGAGCCUGCCACUGGCUAAGAAGUUGGAAUUAUCAGAGCAUGCACAGGUUGGGCAGUAGCAGGUGGUGAGGGGCUCAGGGCAGGGUUAGUUGGGUGCAGCCAGUGGGCUGGUAGGCAGGGCAAACCCCCUUCCCACUGAGGUGCCGGGGCAGGUGAAAGAUACAGCAGCCUGUCAUCAGUCCUGGGUGGCUACAUCUGUAGGGCCCAGAGGGCGCCCAUGUCAGCCUGGACACACACACCAGGCCGGGACAGCGAACCUCACCCACUGGGAACCACAUUGGCUUGGCCCGCUCUUCUGGUCAGCAGAAUGGGAAAGUGCAGCCAUGGCCCGUCAGACGUGGGGAAGGUGGGGGCGGAUGCAGUGAGUGGUUUCAGAGCUUAGCAAUUGCCCUGCGUCCCUGUCUGCUCCGAGGCCCGCCGUCCCUUCUGGGCCUUAGAAACCCAGUCCUGGGAACUUCUGCUCACACUAUGUUGGGCGCUUUGGACCUCAGGCUGCAGGCAGCCCUGACUCAGCUCUUCUUGACCCAGGCGUGGACUGAGGGGUCCUCAGAGAGGGCACGGAGGCAAACGUGAGCCAGCAUAAGGGCUGAUAACCCGAGUGGGUAGCAGUUGUGUUCUGCAUUGUGCUGUGUGCCAGAAGAUACUUCAGUUUGGAAUCCAAAGAAUCCAAAUUGUUUCCUUGUAAAAGAAAAUGAAAAGGAGAUAUCCCUCCUUGUAUCAUUUAGGGGUUGCAUCUGGCUGCUUUUAGCAGAAACACCACUAUACAGCGGCUUCAACCAAUCAGUUGUUCUUUCUCACUUGAAAAGUGAAUUGACCAGGCAGAUGUAGCAGGCUUGCCCGGCCGUGCUGAGGGCCCCUUGGAGACUUGUGGUCAUGGAUUUGCACGGAGGCUGGCACACUUAACAGGAAGGAGUUGGCAAAAUGAAGAAGGCAGGAGUUGUUUUCCAGGAGGGGGAGUCAGGGAUCAGCAUAUGGGAAAGGAGGAGGCCUGGACCAGGGUGCCCUUAGGAGAAUUGUGGGCACGGGGUCCGAACUGAUCUUUCCUCCUCACCUCUCUGCCUAUCUGAGGCGCUCCCGCAACAGUCUGAAGGCUGAUAGGCUACCUGCCAGAGCUGAUGUCCCCCACCUAUGGCCACCCUCCAUGCAGGUGGAAGGCUGGCGUGUCCCACCAGGACACUGUCUCGGCAUCACAGUGACACCCCCAUGUCCAACCAUCCCCGCUCCACAGCAUACAUGGGACAGGAGUCACGUUGCAACCACCUGGGCCUACCUUUUGCUGUUUCUCAUUUGUACAGAUGCCUGUGAAAAGUCCAUUCAUGAGCACAAUGUGCCCCAAACCAAGAGUUUUCCUUUUAAACCAAGAAAAAUGUGGGACCUAUUUAUGCUGCCCCUGUCCUGCAGUCCUGUGUCUGAAGCACCUCCUGUGUUGGCACUUGAGUAGCUAGAACAUUAAAUCAAGUACUUUCAUAUUUGACGUCAGCUGGGUGGCCCGUGGACUGAUGGUAUUAGUGACCUGGGACACAGAUCCAGGUUCUCCUUCGUACCUCCUGAGGCCACACUGUCCUGGCAUCCCCCGGGGGUCGUCUCCUUUCAUUCCCUGCCUACCUGGCCAUCGGCCCGCAACAGACUGGUCCUGCUCAACGUGUGGCUGGCACAGGCCUCUGCUGUGCAGAGUCCAGCAAAACAUGACUCAGAAGCAAGCACUGUGGCCACCGGGGUCACAUCCGCAUCACCUGGGGAGGGGUAGUAGCAUUCAAAGUUGCUGCACCUGCUGUGGGAUGAAUUGUUCCCCCCCAAAGAUAGGUUGGCGUUCUAGUGCCAAGGACCUCUGAAUGUGACCUUACUUGGAUACAGGGUGUUGCAGCUGGAACUAGGUAAGGUGAGGUCAUACCAGAGCAGGGGACCUUUAAUCCAGUAUGACUGACAUCCUGAUAAGAAGGAAGAGACACAGACACCCGGGGGAGGCGAUGUGAGGACAGAGGCAGGAACCGUAACGAUGCAGCUACAAGCCAAGAAAUGCCAUAGAUUGCCAGCAGCCCCGAGAAGCUGCAGAGGGGCCUGGAACGAAUCUCCCUCACUGCCUCCGGAAGCAGCCAGGCCUACAGGCUGCACUAGUUCAGACUCUGGACUCCAGAACCAUGAGAAGAUAAAUUCUGUUGUCUCAAGCCUCCCAGGUGGUGGGACCACAUUGCAGCUGCCUCCGGAACCUAAGCAGCAGCCUUCUGACUCAG